AAUACUAUACUAUACUAUACUAUACUAUUCAAAAACAACUUAUUGAUCCCAGUGAAAGUAGACAUUGUAGUGACUCCUUUAAUUAAAGAGUUAUUGUAGAUGCUGAAGGCUGUGGGCAGGGAAGAUCAACCAAAAUGAUGAAGAUGUUUAAAGCUGAAAAACAAAUGUGAGAAAAUAAUAUUUUCAGUUCGUCACUUGCCUAAUUUCCUAAUUUGCCUAAAAUCUUUGAUUCUGUUCUUGUCCAUACUUUUCACUGUUCACCAGGGAGUUUCUUUCUCUUCCUUAAAGAAAUGUCGCCUGUGGUUUAACAGGCCGUUUCCUGAACAUCAAACUGCAUGACACCGUCACAGCUUGAGGCCUGGACCUCCAUGUGUCCAGUUAAUGACGUGCUCUAUAAAGAAUGGCAGCUAUGAACACAUGAAGUCAGACCUGUUGUAGGAGCUUUAUUAGACCUUCUGGUUGAGUCGUUCCUUUUUACAGCGUGUGGUGACAACCUCCUCAAACUCAACAAACCCCAAACCCCAACAAGAAUCACUCCCAGCAGCUGCUCAUGUUUUUCUCCAACAACAACAGCUCAGAGGAAACUUUGAGCUGAGAAAAAGCUGCUUUUUGCUGCAUGUUUGUGUGGAGAAGAGGGGCGAGGCAGCUGGCUCUUUGUGUCAGAGACAACUAUGGUGGAUAUGAGAACCAGCUUUUCAAAGAUGAAGACUUCACUGCAGAGGAGGAGGAGCCUUCUUUUAGAGGUCGGACUCGAGGAGGCUGUGUGAGAUGUCAGCAGAGUCAUUCUCUGCAGCUGGCUGUCAAAGUUCUUUAUGGUUUUGUUGUUUUCCUCAUCAUCACAGUUGCAGUGUUGGCGUCACUCGUGUUCAAAAAGGUGGACAGUUUAUCUGAGGAGGAACUGGUGUACAAGAAGAAGAUCACCAAGGUCCAACAAGGCAUAGAAGACUUGAGGUCCGUAUCCAACUGCUCAGGGUGCCUGGAUGUGUCGUUGUACAGUGAGGAGAUCAGCAGGCUGAAGACUAGAUUUGAGGCCAUCCAGAAGAUCAUACUGGGACAAGAGCAGGUCUUAGGCAACGCGUCCCAAACCCAGAGCACGGUAAAAGCCACCAGCAACCAGCUGACCAGGGAAGUCCAAACCCACCUCGUGUCCAUCAAACUACUCAACCAGUCCCUGGAAAGAUUCCUGGAUCAAGUGGACGGUUGGAAGGAGGUGAUCGAAGAAACCGACGAGAAGAUGAAGACGCUGAUGAAGGAUCAGUACGACAUCAAAGCCACGGCGGAGCAAGUUAACACAACUGUAGCUCUCAGCAAGACGUGGAUCGACGCCCUGCAGAGGAAAGCAGACGAGGAGAGUCUGGUCCUCCAGAGGCUGACCAGCGACUGGCAGAACUACAGCCGGGUUCUGGGAGCCAUCAAAUCUAACGCCAGCAGCACGGCACAAACCGUGCGCUUCCUUCAAAACAGCGUCACCAUGGACCAGCAGAGGAUCUCCAUGUGGUCGGAGGUGAUCUUUGACCUCACGCAGCAGGUGUUGAUCCUCCAGAUGCAGCUCGACAACGUGACGGGUUUCAUGGAUGAAAACGAGGAGAACCUGCACGACCUUCAGUACCACUCAAGGUACUAUGAGAACCGUACGGGCGAGCGUUUCUCCGCCACGGACGGCCGUCUGAACUCCAUCGAGAUGGAGAUAGACACCAUCGCCUCCAGCAUCAACGCCACGGUCAGCCACGUCCAGAGCAUGUACAAGUACAUCAACGUGGAGAGCUCCUCCUGCCAGAGCCGCCUGGGUCGACACACAGAGGACCUUCAGUACAUGAACAGCACCGUCCUGUUGCUCCGGACCGCAGCUGAAACGCUGAGGCAGCAGAACGUGCUGCUGAACGUCCGACUGGACAUGGACGUGAGGAACUUGUCCAUGGUCAUGGAGGAGAUGAAGCUCGUGGACGUUUUCCACACCCAGGUUAUUAAAAACUUCACCAUUCUUAAAGGGGCUCCUGGACCACCUGGACCCAAAGGGAACCGUGGCGACCCUGGGUCUAAAGGACCGGGGGGACUGACAGGCAGCAAAGGUGACAGAGGUCCAAUAGGGAGCAGUGGACCUGCUGGUGUGAAGGGCUCUCUUGGCCCCAAAGGAGCACCAGGUGAACCAGGCCCUGUCGGCACCAGAGGAGCCCCAGGUAUCAAAGGAGCCAAGGGGUCCAUUGGUCUCCCAGGCCCCAAAGGAGAAAGGGGCCAGAAAGGUGAUAUGGGUCCAUCUGGUACAGACGGUGCACCUGGGCUCAUAGGGUCUCCAGGAAUCCAGGGCCAGGUAGGACAGCCAGGUGUCACUGGACCACCAGGAUCAAGGGGUAAACCAGGGCCAGCGGGACCACCUGGACCACCAGGUACCCCCGGACCCCCUGGCUUGUCGUACACCCACGAUCGAACCAACGCUCCUCAGCAGCGAGCCGUGACGCCUGCUGCCGGGUCCAAGAGACGGUAGAGAGAAACUCAGAGCGACGGUGGGUUUGUGGUCCAACGAGGCCCAGAACCAUGACCUGAAAGUCUUUAUAACCCAGAUCAAACGAAGGAGGAGAACCAGAACCAUGACCUGAAAGAGUCUUUAUAACCCGGAUCAAACGAAGGAAGAGAACCAGAACCAUGACCUGAAAGUCUUUAUAACCCGGCUCAAACGAAGGAGGAAUCUCACACAGACUGAAGAUCUGCUCUGAAAAUGGAACAUUUGGACAUUUUAUUCUAAUAAAACUCGUGUAUCAAUCAAAUCAGUGGAUAAAAUCCAGUCCCCUAAAGAGCCCACUAGAACUUAAACCACCAGAACCUUUAUAGUGGAGGACCCUUAAACUGAACUAGUUCCAUCUCAACUUUACGUCUCAUGACUUGUUUAAAAAACUCAACAAGUUUUUUGUUGCUAAAUGUUUCUGGCCCAUCCUGGCCCAUCCUGGCCCAUCGACUGGCUCUUUGUUGGGUCAUUAAAAGUGAAAAUGUCUUCAGAGCAGGUACUCUGAAGACUGGUUCACCAACAGCUCUUUUUUACUGCAGUUGGUCAAAAGUAAAAUGAAAACUAAUUUUUAUUUUAAACAGUAAAACAAACUGGAUCCAUUCAUUUAGUAAUUUGUCUGAAGAAAGAUGGUGAAGACAAACGUUUUGUGAAAAAUAAACUAGUCACCAUUAGGUUUUGUGUCCAGACACAUCAGUGAAAUAAAACCUAAUGAGAACUUCAGCUGAAAUAAAAUAAAAUAAAAUAUCCAUCAAUCAAUCAGACGUGAAAAUCAAGACGGCCCAAAACUGUAAAUUUGUAAAUAUGCAAUAAAAGCCAAAUCACCAAAUUACAUUUACCUGUUCUUAGAGAAACAACAGUGUUGAUCUUGUGAUCCUUUGAUUUUAUCUCAAAAUAAAAGUUUUGUAAUUAGUUGUAAUGAAAUGCGACUGGUUUGCAUUGAACAUCAAUAAAAACCCUUCAGUAAA